AUGACCGAUUCGCAACAAUCUAUAACUGUAUUGGAAGAGCUUUUUCGAAAGUUGGAAGUUGCAACUCCUGAAACUAGAGAUGGCAUUUCUUCUGAACUUUCCUCGUUUUUGAACGGGAAUAUUAUUGAGCAUGACGUUCCAGAGGUUUUCUUCGAUGAAUUUCAAAAGGCAAUUCAGAAUAAACAAAAGGCACUAAACACUCUGGGGGCCAUCGCUUACAUAGCCAACGAAACUAACUUGUCUCCAUCUGUUGAGCCUUAUAUCGUGGCCACGGUUCCUUCCGUAUGCACUAAAACAGGCAGUAAAGAUAAUGACAUCGAGGUCGUGGCCACGAAGGCGCUGAAGGCCAUUGCUAGCGCUGUCAAUCCGGUCGCCUUGAAGGCAUUUUUGCCUCAUUUGAUUCAUUCUCUGGGAACUACCAACAAGUGGAAAGAAAAAGUUGCUAUACUUGAAGUGAUUUCGACGUUGGUAGAUGCCGCUAAAGAGCAGGUAGCCCUAAGAAUGCCAGAGCUGAUCCCGGUUCUUUCCGAGUCGAUGUGGGACACGAAGAAAGAGGUCAAAGACGCCGCUACGGCAACCAUCACAAAGGCAACUGAGACUGUUGAUAAUAAAGAUAUCGAAAGAUUCAUUCCUAAACUGAUUGAAUGUAUUGCAAAUCCCAAUGAAGUGCCCGAAACUGUUCACCUUUUGGGUGCAACAACUUUUGUUGCCGAAGUCACUCCCGCGACUUUGUCUAUCAUGGUUCCCUUAUUAGGUAGAGGUUUAGCUGAGAGAGAAACUUCCAUAAAACGUAAAGCUGCUGUGAUCAUUGAUAAUAUGUGCAAAUUGGUUGAGGAUCCCCAAGUCGUUGCCCCAUUCCUGGGUAAACUGUUACCAGGGUUAAAGAAUAAUUUUGCUACUAUUGCCGAUCCUGAAGCACGUGAAGUUACACUAAGGGCUUUGAAAACUUUGAGACGUGUCGGUAAUGUUAGUGAAGAUGAUGUGUUACCAGAAAUAUCGCACGCUGGUGAUGUGGCCACAACAUUGGGCGUCAUUAUGGAAUUGCUCAAGUCUGAAAAGGUUGCUCCCAGAUUCAAGAUCGUCGUUGAGUAUAUAGCCGCCAUCGCUGCAAAUUUGAUCGAUGAGAGAAUUAUUGACCAACAAACUUGGUUUACUCACGUCACACCUUAUAUGACUAUAUUUUUACACGAGAAUACAGCAAAAGAGAUACUGGAUGAUUUCAGGAAGAGGGCCGUGGAUAAUAUUCCCGUCGGACCAAAUUUCCAAGAUGAGGAAGACGAAGGUGAAGAUUUAUGUAACUGUGAGUUUUCUUUGGCAUAUGGUGCCAAGAUCUUGCUAAACAAAACUCAACUAAGGUUGAAAAGGGGUAGAAGGUAUGGUCUAUGUGGGCCUAAUGGUGCUGGGAAAUCCACUCUAAUGCGUUCGGUUGCCAAUGGUCAAGUUGACGGCUUCCCCACUCAAGAUGAAUGUCGCACCGUUUAUGUGGAACACGACAUCGAUAAUACACAUUCUGAAGUUUCCGUUUUAGAGUUUGUUUAUGCUGGUAAUGUAGGGUCCAAGGACGUUAUUACUGCGAAAUUAAAAGAGUUUGGCUUUAGUAAUGACAUGAUAAAUAUGCCAAUUGCUUCUUUAUCUGGAGGUUGGAAAAUGAAAUUGGCUUUAGCAAGGGCUGUGCUGAAAAAUGCGGAUAUUUUGCUAUUAGACGAACCAACGAAUCAUCUGGACACUGUCAAUGUACAAUGGUUGGUAAAUUACUUGAAUACUUGUGGCGUUACAUCAGUGAUUGUUUCUCAUGAUUCUGGUUUCCUAGAUAAUGUUUGCCAGUAUAUCAUUCAUUAUGAAGGUCUCAAAUUAAGAAAGUACAAAGGAAAUUUGUCAGAGUUUGUUCAAAAAUGUCCCACAGCACAGUCGUAUUAUGAAUUGAGUGCCUCUGACUUAGAAUUUCAAUUUCCAACCCCUGGUUAUUUAGAAGGUGUCAAGACAAAGCAGAAGGCUAUUGUCAAAGUGACCAAUAUGACUUUUCAGUACCCAGGGACAACUAAACCGCAGGUUUCUGAUGUCACUUUCCAAUGUUCAUUAUCCUCGAGAAUUGCAGUUAUUGGGCCCAACGGGGCUGGUAAGUCCACUUUAAUUAACGUUCUCACUGGUGAACUUCUACCAACAAGUGGUGAGGUAUAUACUCACGAAAAUUGUCGUAUCGCCUACAUCAAGCAACAUGCGUUUGCUCAUAUUGAAUCACACUUGGACAAAACUCCAUCUGAAUAUAUCCAGUGGAGGUUCCAAACCGGUGAAGAUAGAGAAACCAUGGAUAGAGCUAAUAGGCAAAUAAAUGAAAAUGAUGCGGAAGCCAUGAACAAAAUCUUCAAAAUCGAAGGAACUCCACGAAGGAUUGCAGGAGUUCACUCAAGAAGAAAAUUCAAGAACACAUACGAAUACGAGUGCUCUUUCUUCUUAGGCGAAAACAUUGGCAUGAAGUCCGAGAGAUGGGUCCCGAUGAUGUCUGUUGAUAACGCUUGGCUACCAAGAGGCGAACUAAUUGAAUCGCACACUAAACUCGUUGCAGAAGUUGAUAUGAGGGAAGCACUUGCCUCCGGUCAAUUUAGAGCCUUAACUAGAAAAGAGAUUGAGUCUCAUUGUGCCAUGUUAGGUUUGGAUGCCGAAUUAGUUUCACAUUCAAGAAUCAGAGGUUUAUCAGGUGGACAAAAGGUUAAGCUGGUCCUCGCUGCCUGCACCUGGCAAAGGCCACAUUUGAUUGUUUUGGAUGAACCAACCAAUUAUCUGGAUAGAGAUUCCUUGGGUGCUCUUUCAAAAGCUUUAACGGCUUUUGAAGGCGGUGUCAUUAUCAUCACACAUUCGGCAGAAUUUACCAAGAAUUUAACUGAUGAAGUUUGGGCAGUUAAGGACGGUAAGAUGACGCCAUCUGGCCAUAAUUGGGCGGCAGGACAAGGUGUCGGCCCAAGAAUUGAGAAAAAAGAGGACGAAGGUGAUAAAUUCGAUGCAAUGGGGAAUAAAAUUAGUAGUGGGAAGAAAAAAAGUAAGCUUUCUUCAGCAGAAUUGAGAAAGAAAAAGAAAGAAAGAAUGAAGAAGAAGAAAGAAAUGGGUGACGAAUACGUCUCAUCGGAUGAAGAUGUUUAG